GGAAGAGGCCUAUCGAGUCAGCUGUUUUUGUAGUUUUGCGAUUGCAAUCUUAAUUUGCUAAGCUAUUUAAAAAGAAAUACAGCGCGAAGCAUGCCGAACGAGAAUGCGGACGACCACUCCGGGGAGGAGCUGAAGCAGAAGGCCAAGGAGGUGGCGGUCGCCUCGGAGGAAAUGCUCGAGAAGGUGCUUGCCGGCUUAAAGAUCCAGGACACGGGAUCCGCGAGCAUAGCCGAAAACGAGGAUGCGGAGCAGGCUGACGCGGCGAAGAACGAGGCCUCGGUGUCCGCGGGCUCAAGCAAGCAGGCCUUGCUGCAGGCCGUGUCCGAUGCGAUGGCCAGCACCCGCAAGAAAUUCGCCUUCUGGUCCACACAGCCGGUCACCAAGCUGGACGAGCAGGUGACCACCAACGAAUGCAUCGAACCAAACAAGGAGGUCAGCGAGAUCCGGGCGGAGCCCUACACCCUGCCCGGCGGCUUCAAGUGGGUGACCCUGGACCUGACCGACGCCAACGAUCUCAAGGAGCUGUACACGCUGCUCAACGAGAACUAUGUGGAGGACGACGAUGCCAUGUUCCGUUUCGACUACCAGCCCGAGUUCCUCAAGUGGUCGCUGCAGCCGCCGGGCUGGAAACGCGACUGGCAUGUGGGCGUGCGGGUGGAGAAGUCCAACAAACUGGUUGGCUUCAUCUCGGCCAUUCCCAGCAAGCUGAAGUCGUACGACAAGGUGCUCAAGGUGGUGGACAUCAACUUCCUGUGCGUCCACAAGAAGUUGCGCAGCAAGCGGGUGGCACCAGUCCUGAUCCGUGAGAUCACUCGUCGCGUCAAUCUGACGGGGAUAUUCCAGGCGGCCUACACGGCUGGGGUCGUGCUGCCCACGCCGGUGGCCACCUGCCGCUAUUGGCACCGCUCCCUUAACCCUAAGAAGCUGGUGGACGUGCGCUUCUCGCAUCUCGCCCGCAACAUGACCAUGCAGCGCACCAUGAAGCUGUACAAACUGCCCGAUCAGCCCAAGACAAAGGGCUAUCGCCGAAUCACAGCGAAGGAUAUGGACAAGGCGCACAAGUUGCUGGAGGACUACCUGAAGCGCUUUCAGCUGAGCCCGGUGUUCAGCAAGGAGGAGUUCCGCCAUUGGUUUACCCCCAAGGAAGGAAUUAUCGACUGCUUCGUGGUGGCCGACGAGAAGGGCAACAUCACCGACCUGACCAGCUACUACUGCCUGCCCUCGUCGGUGAUGCACCAUCCGGUGCACAAGACCGUUCGCGCCGCCUAUUCGUUUUACAAUGUGUCGACGAAGACACCGUGGCUGGACCUGAUGAACGAUGCCCUGAUCUCGGCCCGCAAUGUCCAGAUGGACGUGUACAAUGCCCUCGACCUCAUGGAGAACAAGAAGUACUUUGCUCCGCUGAAGUUCGGUGCCGGGGAUGGCAACCUGCAGUACUAUCUGUACAACUGGCGUUGUCCCUCGAUGCAGCCGGAGGAGAUCGCCCUGAUACUCAUGUAGGCACCUCAACAUCUAUGUUUACAUUCUCGCCCUGCCUUUCGCCGCUCUCCCUCCUCCGCUUUGUCCACCCCGCUGGAACUCCCGUGCGGCUGCUUUGCUUGGCUCCUAUCCACGUAGCUAUUACCUGUAAUCUUCAGUUAUUCCAGCGAGGGAAGCCCUCUGCAAGUCACCUACCUAUACCUACCUAGCAUCAUUGUGAAAACUGCAUUUUGCAACGGCCAAGCUUGGAUAUUUUUUACUACAAAAACGAACACAAAUUGAAUAAAAUGCGCAGCAAUAUCUAUAGAA